AUGGCUGCCUUAGUCCCAGAGCACCUUCUAGCAAGGCAGGUUGCCAUCUCGCCGUCUCCAUGGAAGUCCAACAUCUGGAAGAGACCUCUAAACCCCCUGCUUUCCCAGCUUCCAAGGAAAGAUGGAGACAAGAGGCUCAUGGAGGGGAGGGUUUUCCUCUUGCGGUUCCGCAGCGAUCUGCCCCCCCCGGUACCGUGCCUAAUCACCGACCCCCCAAUUACCGCCGCCCAAUCCCGUCGCUCCCCGUCCGGCGGGGCCCGGGGCCGCCCGCUCUCCCCUCCCUCCCGGAAGCGGGAAGCGGCGGAUGAUCGACGGCUCCGCCGACCAAUAGGAGCGAGGCGGCGGGGGCGGGCGGCGCCCUAUGGGGUUCGGCGACGUGUGCGCCUGGCGUUAGCGCUGGCCCUCUGCGCGCUGGCGCUGUGGGGAAGCGGCGGCGGCGGAGGAGGAGGAGGAGGAGGAGGAGGAGGCGGCGGGCGGAGGCGGCAGCAGCAGCAGCAGCAGCAGCGGGGCGGUACCGGUACCACCGGGGAACCGGCGAGGGUCAGCGAGCCCCCGCCGCCGCCACCGCGGCGCCCCGCUGCCAACGCCUCGGCCGCAUCCUCGGCCCCGCCGCUGCCGCUCAGCGAGAACGGGACGCUGAGUUACCGCUCGCUGGUUUACCGGCUGAACUUCGACCAGCCGGUGCGGAACGCGGGGCGCUUCCCGGCGGGGGCCUCCUCCGCCGCCGACGUGGUGCUGGUGGUGCAGGUGCACGACCGGGCCGAGCACCUGCGGCUGCUGCUGGAAUCGCUGCGGCGGGGGGCGGGAGUGGAGAACGUGCUGCUGGUGCUGAGCCACGACCUGUGGGCCGAGGAGCUGAACCGGCUGGCGGCGGGGGUGGACUUCUGCCCCGUCCUCCAGGUCUUCUUCCCCUUCAGCAUCCAGCUCUACCCGCGGGAGUUCCCCGGUCACGACCCCCGCGACUGCCCCCGCGACGUGGGCAAGGCGGCCGCCCUGCGCAUGGGCUGCAUCAACGCCGAGUACCCCGACUCCUUCGGGCACUACCGGGAAGCCCGUUUCUCCCAGACCAAGCACCACUGGUGGUGGAAGCUGCAUUUCGUCUGGGAGAGGGUGCGGGCGCUGCGGGACCACGCCGGCCCCGUCCUCUUCUUGGAGGAGGACCACUACCUGGCUCCUGACUUCUACCACGUCCUCAAGAAGCUGUGGGCCCUGCGAGAGAGGGAGUGCCCCGAGUGCCAGAUCGUCUCCUUGGGCACCUACAGCCCCGUCCGCGGAGGCUUCGCCGGCCGCGCCGACAAGGUGGAGAUGAAGACGUGGAAGUCCACCGAGCACAACAUGGGCAUGGCCUUCGGCAGAGACACCUACCAGAAGCUCAUCGAGUGCACGGACGCCUUCUGCACCUACGACGAUUACAACUGGGACUGGACCCUGCAGCACUUGACUGUCUCCUGUCUUCCAAAGUUCUGGAAAGUGCUGGUUCCCGAAAUCCCCAGGGUUUUUCACACGGGGGACUGUGGCAUGCACCACAAGAAAUCCUGCAGACCCUUCACCCAGAGUGCCAAAAUCGACUCUCUCUUGAGCAGCAACCAGCAGUACCUGUUCCCCGAAACCAUGAGUGUCAGUAAAAGGUACUCCAUGGCACCCCUGUCCCCUCACGUGAAGAACGGAGGCUGGGGAGAUAUUAGGGACCACGAACUCUGUAAAAGUUACCGCCGGCUCCAGUGAGGGUCCCUUCUCCCAGGCGCCUUUUUUUUUUAUUAUUAUUAUUUUUUUCCUUUUUGAGUUGUUCCGUGCUGCCUUUUACUGGCACACGCACACGUGUAUUAAAAAAAAAAAAAAAAAGCAUUUAUGAGUUGGUUUCUGCUUUAAUAUGAAUAAACAUUCUUGUAAAAGGUGUCCCAAAA